CUCUACUACGGUCUUGAGAAUAAAUAAAAAAACAACUACGGUCUUUCCAUUUCCAGUUACUAACGCGUAUCCCUGAUCAUCGCCCUUCAGUAGGCGUCGACGUCUGCGUCCCAAGCUUUUUUACGGUGAUUAAAACUAAACUACAAUUAGAGUAUUACGAUGAAGAUAGCUGUGCUAGGUGCCACUGGACAGACUGGACAGUAUCUGGUGACCCAGGCACUUAAUCAGGGACACUCUGUCACUGCCAUCGUCAGAAACCCAGGAAAAUUGACAGUUCAACACGAGAAAUUAAAGGUGGUUGAGGGUAAUAUUUUCUCAGAAGACAGCCUAAAACCUUACUUCCAAGGACAAGAUGCAAUUAUAUCUUGCCUGGGUUUCCCUCCAUCCUAUAUCACUGGGGUUACUGGCUACACCUUGUCUAUGAGGGCUGUGGUAAAUGCUAUGAGGCAGGCCCAAGUUAACCGGGUAAUCACAAUGACUUCAUGGUACACUGACCCUACCUCUGUUACACAGUCAUCUUAUUUCAUCCGCUUCGUUUUGCUGCCAUUGAUCAGAAGUGUCCUUACCAACAUGUUUGAGAUGGAGCACUUUCUGAAGGAGACACAAGAUGUGAUCUGGACUAUUGUCAGGCCACCAGGACUGAAGAAUCUACCUGCCACAGCCAACGAGUUCCUCACCCAUGAGGGCUACUUUGUCCCCAACUCCAGCGGUCUUCCUGUGGGAAAUGCUAUUGGUAGGGGUGAUGUGGCUCGCUUCAUGCUCUCCAUUCUCAACAGUGACAACUGGUUUAACAAGGCAGUUGCCAUCUCAACCAAAAAUGAAUGAAAAGCCAUCAACAUUCUUUUUGCUGUAAGUGCUAUUUUCUUUAUUGGGAAAAGGAAAUGUUUGUCUGCUGGUUUCUACUAAAUGUAUCAUUGUUUUAAUUCUGUUAGGAACAUGGAGAAAUGCAGCAUUGUUUAUUUUAUGCUGAAUUUGUGUGAUGAAAUAAUUUGAAAUGGUUGAGGUCAUUGUAGAACUGACAUUCACUUUCAUGUAUUUUGCACAGCUGUGUCCAUGGUAACCCUGCUUUGUGAUUGUCAGGUUAAUGCUCACCACAUGGGGGCAGCACCAUACAUUGUCAUUACAGUGAACUUUUGCUAUGGAGUAAAGGAGCAGUUUUCUCAUUUAUUCGUUUUUGUUAUUCAUUUAAUAAUCCUCAGAUAUCAUUGAUGAUUCAUUGAGUUAGGGAUUGCUUUACCAUUUUGUCACAAUUGUUAAACAUUUUAGCCCAAGUAUUUAGUUAGAAUUCUGCCUGUACAUAGUUGCGUUGCUAACAAAGUUUUCCUGGUGUUUGAGUGAAUAUCUUUGAAAUAAUUAUUUUAAUGACCACUACAUAAAAUUCUAUAUAAUCUUCAUUAUAGGGAUUUUUAGAGAAUGAAAACUUGGGUGUUUAGUGGAAUAUAAAAUUAUCUGUUGUUUAUUAUCACUUUGUGAUGCUUGUAUGUAAAAUCCUCAUUAGUUUUUGUGAUUGUGCAACAUUGUGUAACAAAUGAAUGUGAUUAAAUAGAGUACACAAA